UUCCCCCGGAGCUUCCACUCCAGCUCCGGACGAGCUGAGACCAGGACCGGUCCGAGCAGAGCCGGAGAUGUGAGGACCAGCACGGACCAGCAGCAGCUCGUCUACUCUCUCCACCGGGGAGCCCUGUAGUAGAUGAUCCACAGCAGCGCUGCGACCCACGUUUAUACCCCUUUUUUCUUUCCUUUUCUUACGUUUGAUUUUUAAUUUUUUACAUUUUUCCUAUUUCUGAGCAUAUGCUAUGGCAGUUCGGUCCACAUCCGGGCCACAAUGCUUUGACUCCAUUAUAGUCUGAAACUGGUGGAGAGGUUGAUAAACCUAUUUUAUUUAUUUUUUUCAUUUUUUCUUCUUUUUUUUUAACAUAAAACGACACAUUUUCAGUUUGCUAGAGUCUCUCCUCGGAUGAAGAGAUGUCCAACCAGGGGGUUCGGCGGAACGGUCCUGUGAAGCUGCGGUUAACAGUUUUGUGUGCCAAAAACCUUGCAAAGAAGGACUUCUUCCGCCUCCCAGAUCCCUUUGCCAAGGUAGUCGUGGACGGUUCAGGACAAUGCCACUCAACAGACACUGUGAGGAACACACUUGACCCCAAGUGGAACCAGCACUAUGAUCUUUACAUCGGAAAAUCCGACUCCAUCACCAUCAGCGUGUGGAAUCAUAAGAAGAUCCACAAGAAGCAAGGGGCGGGGUUCCUCGGCUGUGUCCGCCUUCUGUCCAACGCCAUCAACCGCCUUAAAGACACGGGCUGUAAGUACCAGAGACUAGACCUGAACAAGCUCAGUCCCAAUGACAGCGACACAGUCAGAGGCCAAAUAGUGGUGAGCCUCCAGUCGAGGGAUCGAAUCAGCUCAGGAGGUCCUGUGGUCGACUGCAGCCGGCUGUUUGACAAUGAUCUUCCAGAUGGCUGGGAGGAGAGGAGGACCGCGUCUGGACGGAUCCAGUACUUGAACCACAUCACGCGCACCACGCAGUGGGAGAGGCCGACCAGGCCCGCGUCGGAGUACUCCAGCCCCGGCCGGCCGCUCAGCUGCAUCGUAGACGAGAACACGCCCGUGAGCACCAACGGCGCCACGCCCACCAUCGUGUCGUCCCCUGCCGAGGGCGACCAGCGCGUCCAGGAGAGACGGGUCCGAUCGCAGAGGCACCGCAACUACAUGAGCAGAACCCACCUGCACACACACCCGGACCUGCCCGAGGGAUACGAGCAAAGGACGACGCAGCAAGGCCAGGUUUACUUCCUGCACACUCAGACAGGUGUCAGCACAUGGCACGACCCCAGGGUGCCCAGAGAUCUGAGCAAUGUGAACUGUGAGGAGCUCGGGCCUUUACCACCAGGAUGGGAGAUUCGUAACACUGCCACGGGGAGGGUUUAUUUCGUCGACCACAACAACCGGACCACACAGUUCACCGACCCGCGCCUCUCCGCUAACCUGCACCUAGUCUUAAAUCCAAGCCCCAAUGAUUCCCGAGGAGCCAUCGAAAGUCAGAAUGUCAGUCGUCAGAACCAGAUGAAGGAUCAGGCCCAGCAGGCUCUGGUGUCCCCCGCUCAGCUCCCCGACGAGGCCGAGUGCCUCACGGUGCCCAAGUACAAGCGGGAUCUUGUCCAGAAGCUGAAGAUCCUCCGCCAGGAGCUGUCCCAGCAGCAGCCCCAGGCUGGCCACUGCCGCAUCGAGGUGUCCCGGGAAGAGAUCUUUGAGGAAUCGUAUCGGCAGGUGAUGAAGAUGAGGCCGAAGGACCUGUGGAAGAGGCUAAUGGUGAAGUUUAGAGGGGAGGAGGGGCUGGACUACGGAGGAGUAGCCAGGGAGUGGCUCUACCUGCUGUCACACGAGAUGCUGAACCCGUACUACGGCCUCUUCCAGUACUCCCGCGACGACAUCUACACGCUGCAAAUCAACCCCGACUCUGCUGUCAAUCCCGAGCACUUGUCAUACUUCCACUUCGUGGGGCGCAUCAUGGGGAUGGCGGUGUUCCACGGCCACUACAUAGACGGCGGUUUCACUUUACCCUUCUACAAGCAGCUGCUGGGUAAACCCAUCACCCUGGACGACAUGGAGUCUGUGGACCCCGACCUGCACAAUAGCCUCGUUUGGAUCCUGGAUAACGACAUCACCGGUGUGCUGGACCACACCUUCUGUGUAGAGCACAAUGCCUUCGGGGAGAUCAUCCAGCAUGAGCUCAAGCCCAACGGCAAAAGCAUCCCCGUCACCCAAGACACCAAGAAAGAGUACGUCCGCCUCUAUGUGAACUGGCGGUUCCUGCGAGGCAUCGAGGCCCAGUUCCUGGCCCUGCAGAAGGGCUUCAACGAGGUCAUCCCCCAGCACCUGCUCAAGGCCUUCGACGAGAAGGAACUAGAGCUGAUCGUGUGUGGCUUGGGUAAAAUCGACAUCCACGACUGGAAGUCCAACACGCGGCUCAAACACUGCACUCCCGAAAGCAACAUCGUCAAAUGGUUCUGGAAAGCUGUGGAGUCUUUCGACGAGGAGCGCAGAGCGCGGCUGCUGCAGUUUGUCACAGGCUCCUCCAGAGUUCCCCUUCAGGGCUUCAAGGCCCUCCAAGGUGCUGCUGGCCCGCGACUCUUCACCAUCCACCAGAUCGACGCCAGCACCAACAACCUGCCUAAAGCCCACACGUGCUUCAACCGGAUCGACAUCCCGCCUUAUGAGCACUACGACAAACUGUAUGACAAGUUGCUCACGGCCAUUGAGGAGACGUGUGGCUUCGCCGUGGAGUGAGUUCCUGACGCACGUUGAACUCGCCAACAAUCAGAAGCAGCGCGACCACGACCAGCCGCCGUCUACAAAUCAAUCUUACCGGGACGGCGGGGCUGGUCGGGGUCAGCGGCGGCUGCUUCAACCAGCGAUGCUCGUACUCUGAGGGGACACGUGACUGAACUAAGGAAGGAUGACAGGAAGAUCAGAAAAUACUAUCUGACUGGAUCGCUGUUAAACCUUCCUUAGUGUUUUUUUGUUUUUGUUUUUUUUUUAAUCAUUGAAACAGAUCUCUUCAGCUGCUAAUAACCAAGACGUUUUACUAACUUGUGGAGCCAGCAAAAUUAGCUGGCUCUAACUUUUUUUUUUUUUCUAAGUUUAUUUUAGCAUUUAAAAAAAAAAGAAAAGAAAUAGACCUUAUUCCAUGUAGCAAUGCUCCUUCUUACCACACGAAACGUGAGGUCAGUCAGUCGGUCCACUCUGAACCUGUAACCACAUUUACAAGACUGGCUCGUUUGCUAGAAGUCAGGGUUUUUAUCGGCCACCUCCGCCACUUGGAAACACUACAUCUGGAUGCAGAAUGUGCACGACCGUGGUCGUCAUCACGCCGGGCCUGCCGUUACCACCGGCGACGGGAUGCAGGCGGAUGAGGAGACGAGACGCCGGGAUGCGACAGACCUGUUUCCAACCUUCUCCAAAGACACACAGCAGCGGGGGACCUCUGCUUCCGAGUCACUGCCCAACAACUAGCGCUGCAUUCCUACCAACCCUGUUUCACAUGUUUGAUAGCUAGUUUGUGUUUGAAAAUGAGUAAAUGAAUGAAUAGCUUGAAAUGUGAUAUUUUUGUACAACAGGGAAAAUUGAAAAACAAUAAAAUUCUAUAUAAUAUAUUUAAUUUAUUGCAGUUAUAUUUCAGAAACCCCUUUCCAUUGUUUUAAGAAAAUAAAACCUUUUACAUGUUGAGUGUUAGCUGUUUAAAUUAUAGGACACAUUUUAUGAGAGCAGAUUUAAGCUUGACUGGGUUUCACUAACGAAUGCUGUGGUUCCUGCUUUGACACCAUCUCUCACCCUGAAAUGGGGAGGGCGUUGGCCUAAAGGCAACAAAUCUUGAUGUCCACUGAGUGCCAUAAUCACUUUUGAAAGAAUUAAUCAAACAUUCAGCUGACCCUUUAAGAUGAUAAAAGAUUCUCUUGUGAAGCUGCAUUAAGUAAUGUACAGUAAACUCAUCCGGUGCCCUUUCCUAACAGUCGUUUAUAGCUGGACUAUAUUCAUGUCACAGACAAGAAGCCUACCGUUAAUAUGAUGGGUUUGUUUUUCUUUUUCUUUUUUUUUUAAGAAAAAGAAGCAGCCCAAAGUCCAUCACUACCUACUUUGUGCUGCCUCUAUAUAAAGAAGAUGAGAGAAAAGCCUUGUGGUGCUAAAUAGCAUUUUACUUUUGUUUUCCAUUAACAACAUUGCAAACUGACGUACUACUGCUUAAAGUGCACAGCUCAGUACUCGUGAUCCCACCUGUAUGUGGUCACAAGAGCUCUACCUGGCCACAUUCUCAGGAGAUGCCAUAUGCAGUUUUGUUUUUUUUAUAUAAGUCAGUUUGAUUUUAAACUAAUGCCGACCAUUCGACUCCAAGUCUUGUACCCAAACAGCGUUAACAUGUAGAUGUUGCAUGUGUAGUUUGGGUGGAAAGAGAACUGAUUUUUUUUUUUUUUUUUAAGCCUGCUACAGUCCUAUCAGAAAGGGGGGUUGUUUUCUAUGAUUUAAAAAAAAAAAAUUUAAAUUCUUGAAUGUUUUUAAAAGAUGCUGCCUGUCUAGCAAUCUGAGAUCGUGGACUGUUCUCAACAUUUGCAUACACUUAGAGGGAGAAAAAAAAAAGUUUCUUUUCCAUAUGUAUGCAUAGUGAAAGUGUCCUCAGAUGGUGCUUUGUACAGUUAUAAGAUAUUGUUCAUAUAUGUGGAUCAAACAAACUGUAAUUUAUCUUUUAACUUAAGUAGAAUAAAAAAAAGUUGUUGAACUGCAAAGAGGAGUUGCACACGAACAGAACGAGGUCACCGUGUGUAUUUAACGGUGACUCCCGCACCAGAUAUCGAUUCACCUUUAAGUCCAGUGCACAAGCCGAUCGCCCUACUGUUUCCUUCUACACUACAGUGCUCAGUAGUGCUCAUAGCACCCUUCUGUUUAAAGUUUUUACGAAACAAGUCACAUUUGAGGGAUGCUGACGUUUUCUUUUUGUUUGUUUUGUUUUUUUUAAAUAGCAUGAUACACUAGCAGGACUAUAUCUUUGACUGAUGCAAUUUUAUGUAUGUUGACACUAUCAUUUUGUAAGAGUAUUUUAUUUUUGUGUGUCAUUAGUUCUAAUUAAACUUGCCUUUGUCUAACAAUGUAAGGCUUUGUACAAAUGCAU